ACCGACUUCCCAGACGCGCCUUCACGAUGCCGCCUAAGGUGCUGGCCAAGACAGAGGGCGCCAAGGGCCUGCUACCGGUCAAUGCCGCCACUCGAGCAGCAGCAACAGCCCCCAAACCACCAGCGCCUCGCCUGAAACUCGAAGUUCGCCGACUGCCACCGGGCCUGACGCUGGAAGAGUUUGAGGGCAUAUUGGGCGACGAAUGGAAGCUGGGUAAUGGGAAGGUGGAUUGGCUUGAAUACAGACAGGGAAAAGUCAAGUUGUCGCUGGGCAAGGUCCCUGAGCAGAGUCGUGCAUAUGUUCAUCUCGUCGAUGAGGCAGCCAUUUCAGCCUUCGAGGCGAGAUUUCUGGCUGUCACGUUCCAGGACAAGGCAGGCACCUACAGGAAUCCCGAUAUGAAGCAUCUCCCGCCGACACUUGGCUUUGCGCCCAAUCAAAGGACGACCAUCAACACCAAGCUGCGAAGCGACAACCGCCAAGGUACCAUCGAUCAGGAUCCUGAGUUCAUUGCUUUCCUCGAAGCCGAGACGCAACCCAUAGCACGCUCUGCUGCCAUUGAUAGUGUCAGUGUAGACAGCGAGACGCCAGAGAAGGUCGUUAUCAAGAGUACGCCAUUGAUCGAGGCUCUGCGCGAGAAGAAGGCCAGCAAGGCGAAAGCGGUCGAAAGUAAUAAGAGCGACAAGAAGGACGGCAAGGGCCAUGCGCGUAACGAGAGCAAGAAUGAUGCCGCUCCGGAGAAGCCUGCGAAAGAGACUAAGAACCAACAGCAGCAGCAAAAGCUGGAGAACGCUGCAAAAGAGGCUGUUAAGGCCGUGAAUAAGCAGGUAGCCAGCAAGCAGCUGAAGGACCAACAGAGGCCAGCGUCACCUCAGCAGCCCCAGCAGAAGGCCCAAUCCCAGGCAAAAGGCAAAAAGGCUUCACAAGCAGUAGCACGAGACGCCGGAGGAGGCAAAGGAGCGGAGAGUGCCAAGGCGGACGCUGGAGGGGCCACUCGGAGGGAUAACAAUACUCCUGCGAAGCCCGCAGCAAAUACGGCAACAUCUAAAGCUGUCACUCCGGCAGAUGCUGCAGGAGGGAAACAGACGGCCCCAAGAGCGCCACGACAGCGCGGCAAUGCUGACGGCAUUAAGAAGAUGCUGCAGAAAGAUUUGGCGGGCAUACGACCGAAGAAUGCACCUGCUGCCGGUGCCAGUAAACCUACGGUACCAACGACGUCUACGACAGCAACUUCAGGAUCUGCCUCAUCACCGGCGGCGACACCUACCGCAACCAAGGAACAACCGCAGAAACAAUCGCCUAAGCCUCCGACAGCGCCAAAAGCUCUAGCACAAGCCAAGCAACAACAGCAACCACCAGCGACAACUGUAUCGACCACAAAAGCGUACCUGAAGCAUGCAAAUCCUAGCCAAGGGAUGACUGAGAUUUUGAUACAGCAAGCACUCUCACAGUUUGGUGAGGUCGCAAAUGUGACCAUCGACCCUAGAAAGGGCACUGCCAUCGCCAUAUUCAAGGAUCCAGAAGGACUAAAGAAAGCUUUUGUGGCGAAAAAGGUGCCAGUCGCAAAUGGCAAUGUGGAGAUUCUGGAGUGGAAAGAGCGCAGUGCUGGUCAAAGCGGCGGUAACCGCACUGGCGGAUUCAGAGGCGGUCGUGGCGGCGGUGGAGCUAGAGGCGGAAGAAGUGGCAAUGCUGGCUCGGGGGCCGCGCACGCUUCUGCUGCUUCUGCUCAGUCUGCACAGCCCGCAACCCAGCCACCGAAAGCAGCGAAUGGCUCGUGAUUCAGGCUAGAAUCUUUCUGGAGACACACGAAUGACGACGACAGCAUUGAGAGGCGCAUUACAAUAUACCCAUGGACUCUAUAUCGCCUAGAAAGGAUCCAUCGUUCUUUAAUGGGCGGAAUGAUCAAAGACCCAACUUGAGUGGUAUUCUUUCGCUGAAAGGUCGCAGAUAUACCAUUGCUUGAUACACUAUCGGUGACAAGACAAAUGUAGUUUUGGCACGCUAUAAUACACGCGAUGUGGCGAAGCCGACGACUGCGAGCUGCACCAGAAGGUUGGUGAUGGGUCACGUUGUUUUCGGCGCUUUCGUCGUUCUGAACGGCUAAACAGAUGUCGCAACUUGAAACAUGCCAAGUCUAAACUCUAUGGUUGUGAACGCUGGUACUACUUCGGAGCUACAGCACGACGACUUGGCACAUACCACAUCUCGUCAUUUGACACCCUUCCUACUCCUUCAGGUACCUGUAGGCACCAGUAUUGUAGGCUGUGUCCGCUGCAUGAAAAGCUCACGUGACGUUUUGCAAUGCAGCAUGACCAGCUCACGUACAUAUAUGUUGAGGUAGGUCAUGUUCUGUGCGAUCCUAAGCACUUGCCAAUCUGCCUUUCACCAACAAUAGAAAAGCAAAAACACUACAAAGAUCAAAUUCUCUCCGUGCCUCCUUUCUCACUCACUCACUCCUUCGGCACCCAUCCCAAGCUGAGCCGCAUAACCAUCACCAUGGGCUGCAGCAGUUCCAAACCCGCCGCAAAGUACGAGACGUAUGGAGUGACGCAAUCUGCCAGACCCGCAAAGAAAGAUAAACGCUAUGGACCCGACGACAAGUGUCAGAGAUGGGCAGACGAGGCUACAAGAAAGACGGGCCAUAAGUGGACGAGGAAUCAUGCGGGAGUUGUUUAUGGCAUAUAAGGUACAUUUACAUGCAAAUGUACCUUGUUAUUGAUGGUGUUGAUGAUGGUGUGGGUCACUCUGGUUGGGGUCGGAUGUGGGAGAUUCGUAUAGGGGAGAAGAAGGGAAGCCCGGUGGUGGCUACCUGUUUAUGAGAUGCUGGUAGAGAAUGUCGCAUGCAACAAGUGGAGUUGCGACAGAAGAUUGAAUAUUGAUCUGAGCACUGCUUGAGCAGCUGAUUUGGAAAUUUUGAAC